AUCGCCUCUUCUCCUUUGGCACGUUGGUGGUCGUUUAAAAAAAUUCCCCUGGGUCGGACAAAAACCCCGGGAGAUCGAAAGACAACCAGGGAAAAAAGUUAGUUCGAACGAUUUCCGUCUCGACCAUCGAUGAAUGGUCGUCGGAAAACGCAAAAGAUUCUUUCUUUCCUUCUUUCUUGCAUCUUGAAUCUCUUUUGACCUCCUGGGUCUUCAUCUAAUUCCUCUGAGAAAACCAUUCACCCUUUCCCUCCUCCGUCCGUACACCAUGUCUCCCGCCGGCGGGCCGACGAAAGCGCGAUUGCUCGUGGCGGAUUUCGUGAUGUCGUUCAUGUGGGUGUGUUCGAGCCCAUUGUUGAAGAUGUUCGUCGUCGAGGUUCUUGGGAUGCGUUCCCACGACCCGGUGUCCGAAAUCGUGACGUGCGCCUGCUCGAUCACCAACAUGUUCUUCUUCGCCUUCUUGGGCCAACUCAGCGGAGGCGGGACUUACAAUCCCCUCAACGUCCUGUCCGACGCCGUUUCUGGGGAUUUCCUCCGGUUCAUCUUCAUUUUUGGCGCUCGAAUCCCUGUUCAGGUAUUUGGAUCUAUUUCUGGAGUUAGGUUCAUGAUCAAGACCUUUCCUGAGAUAGGACUGGGCCCACUACUGCAAGUUGACAUCCACCAUGGUGCUCUCACAGAAGGGCUACUGACAUUCGCCAUAGUAACCAUCUCUCUCGUGCUAUCGAGAGAGAUCCCGGGUAGUUUCUUCCGGAAGACUUGGAUCUCAAGUGUCAUGAAAGUCACCCUUCAGAUACUAGGCUCUGAUCUCACUGGCGGCUGUAUGAACCCUGCCUCGGUGAUGGGAUGGGCUUAUGCAAGGGGGAUUCACCUCUCCAAGGAGCAUUUAUAUGUUUACUGGCUCGCCCCAGUCAAGGCAACCCUGAUAGCCGGAUGGAUAUUCAAAAUGGUGACCGCUGCGCCUUCGAAGGGAACUACUACUGCAGAGAAAGAGAAGUUGAAGAAGUCAGAAUAAGAGGGCAUUAGCUCCAUUGUUCUUUUGUUCCUGGUUCUGCUUUAUCUAUUGGCUGAUCUAAUUCAAGGCUUCCUCUCCUCGUAUAUAAGUGGAAAAAAUAGAGGGAUCCGAAAAAAAAACUAAUAGGGAGUUGACUAGGGACCUUGCUGCAAAUCUGUACAUUGUUGUUGCUGCUGCUGUCAUGGUCCUCUGUAGCUAUGUUCAGUACUUAUGUUCACUUAGUUUUUGCCACUUUUCAAUGGAUACUUGAAAUCUUGAAUCCAAGCCGUUUUUUUUUUUUUUUUGUGCAGUACAUGAUUAACUCUUGAACUCAAUGGAUUUGAUAUGUUAAUGAUAAUUCAAUUAUGUAUAACAUCUAUGGAAGUUGAUCAAUACUGAAUAGUAAGCGUGAACAAGAAAUCAACCAAAAUAUGUAGAAUGAAGAGGGUAUCUGGUUGCACAAGAAGGUGAAACUGAAGAAAUCAUCUCAGAUGUCAAGAAAUUGUGUCAGCUUAUAUGAUAGAACGUUUGAGUAGAAGGAUGUGAAAACCAAUGGUAAUUGUUAAAACCUAAAUGAUAUACUAAGGAUAUAAAAAUCAAUGGUAAUUACUCAUCCUAUCUCCUCUCUAUCAAUUUUCGUUUUCAAUAUUUUCCGUGUGUACUCAAUGCAAGAAAUCCUUGUAUUGACUAAAUAAGGAUUAAAAACAAGUUGGACACUCACAAUGAUGGAAAUAGUUGUCAUAUCUAAUGUUGUUUGUAUCUACAUAGAUGAUUUGGUCCGUGCGAGUAAGGUAAUCACUCAUCCAAGUUGUUAGUUUUGUGAGAAAAUAUUCGCUUUUCUCCUAUAUAUUGACGAAAGGAAAAAAAUGAUCGUAUUAAUAAUCACGCCAAUUUUAA